AUGGACCAGCAAGAAACCACAGUGUAUUUGGAUUUGGAUUAUUACUAUACUCCAAGCCAGAAUCCUGCAAUUGUGGAGACCAGCAACCAUGUUCCUUACACCUCGGUCUUGCUCCCCAUCUUCUACACAGCCUUGUUCGUGAUGGGAGUGUUGGGGAACCUCAGCCUGGUGACUGCUUUGCAUUUUAAACAGGGCAGCAGAAGACUGAUUGACAUCUUUAUCAUCAACCUGGCUGCCUCUGAUUUCAUUUUCCUUGUCACGUUGCCUCUCUGGGUGGACAAAGAAGCAUCUUUGGGGCAGUGGCGAACGGGCUCUUUCCUGUGCAAAGGCAGCUCCUACGUGAUCUCGGUCAACAUGCACUGCAGUGUCUUCUUGCUCACCUGCAUGAGUGUUGACCGCUACCUGGCCAUCAUGUGUCCAGUCGUAUCCAGGAAAAUCCGAAGGAGAGAGUGUGCGUAUGGAGUCUGCGCCAUCAUCUGGUUCAUCUCCUUCCUCCUGGGGUUGCCUAUUCUUCUGUCCCGAGAGCUCACCUUUCUUGGUGGCAAACCUUACUGUGCCGAAAAGGAGGCCUCACCAGUCAAACUGACCUGGGCCCUUGUGGCCUUAAUUUUCACCUUCUUUGCUCCUUUAGUGAGUAUUGUGACCUGCUACUGUUGUAUCACAAGGAAGCUGUGCAUCCACUACCAGCAGUCAGGAAAGCAUAACAAAAAACUGAGGAAAUCCAUAAAGAUCAUCUUGAUUGUCGUGGCUGCCUUUGUCUUCUCCUGGCUACCCUUUAACACUUUCAAGCUUCUGGCCAUUAUCUCAGGGUUACAGAAAGAGCAGGAGCCCUACUUUUCCCCAGACUUUCUCAAGCUGGCCAUGGAGGUGAGUGGGCCCCUGGCAUUUGCCAACAGCUGUGUCAACCCUUUCAUUUACUAUAUCUUUGAUAGCUAUAUCCGCAGGGCCAUUGUGCAGUGCAUGUGCCCUUGCCUGAAAAACCAUGACUUUGGGAACAGUGCCGAGACAUCAGAUAGUCACCUCACUAAGGUUUUCUCCAACUUUGUGCAAGCAGAAGAUUUUGUCAGAAGGAGGAAGAGAUCUGUGUCCCUCUAA